CUCUUUCCUACCCCAUUAAGAAGUCUUGGUUAUAUUUAUAUCGCACUUAAAAGGAAGCAAAUGGCACGAGUCAAGAGCCGCUCUAGUCCGAGAAUCGGCUACGUCGAACUAUCCGAUCGGCGUUUUUGUUUGUUGCUGAAGACGUACGCCCCACCACCUGCGAUUCCCAAAGUGCCCAAGGCCACGAAAGAAAAAAGUGCCCAAACCUCAAGUGCUUCGUGUUUCGGUUUCUUCCGUAGACGCAAAGACAGCAAAGAUGGCUGAGCAGAAUAUCGCCGCACUCCUCCCUGCCCCGUCUACUCCGCUUUCGUUGACCGCAGUACCGACUCCUGCUCCUGAGAAGGGCGAGGUGCUGAUCAAAAACUACUGCAUCGCCAUCCAGCCGCUCGAUGCCAAGAUCCUCCACGCCGGCUACACCGGCGCUGGGAACUUGCAAUCAUUCCCUGCGGUUCUUGGAACUAGUCUUGCCGGCGUGGUUGAGGCUGUCGGCGAAGGCGUAGAGGGAUUCAAAGCAGGUGACCGAGUAGUAGCGGACACCGGAGCGUAUUCAGGGGUCCCAGAGAAGAACCUCCGACAGGGAUGCUGGCAGAAGUAUGUGAUUGCGGGUGCGAAGUCAGUGGCGAAGAUCGGUGAUGCGUCGUUCGAGCAGGCGGUGUUGGUAGACUUCCCGCUGCAGACUGCUGUUGCGGCGUUGCACAACUUCCUCGGGAUGGGGAAGCCAGGAACGGGCUCUGCGGAUGAGAAGGUGUUGAUUUGGGGCGCUGGUGGUGCGGUAGGGUCAUAUGCGGUUCAAUACGCUAAGAGUGUCGGCCACACAGUCAUUGUCACGGCCUCUGCCCGUGAUACUGACCGUCAGAAGUCUCUCGGCGCCUCCGCAGUCCUGGACUACAAAAGCCCAGACAUCGUGGAGCAACUCCGCCCACACGGGCCAUUCAGGUAUCUCUUUACAGGGAGCGGAGACCCAGCCUCCCAGAAAGCUCUCGCCGCGCUCCUCCAACCUGCUGGCGGAUCUUUUGCAUCCGUUCUUGGUGGGGAUGUUGAGUUGCCCGAGAACGUAACCCGCGUUUACUUACCAUUCUCGCAAGUGAGUCAAAAGGAAGAGCAUGCGGUGUUUAGAGACUGGUGGUAUGGGGACUAUCUGCCAAAGGUAUUGACGGAGGGACUAGUGCAGCCUGUCAAGUUUGAGAAGAGGGAGGGUGGGCUGGGAGCAUUGUGGGGAGCAACCAAGGAAGUUUUUGAAGGGAAGAUUAGGGGUAAAGUGGUUUUGAAUCCGCAGGACUGAGCUUGGAUAUUUCAGAAGCGAGACACAAAUGGGUAUUGUGAAAUCUACAAUACGGCUCCACGCUUCUAGGUAACUUCUAUUUGAUCUUAUGCUUGAACUUGUCAAUCGUCCG